UUUGAUAAGCCUUUGGGGAGAUAUCUUCGUGAUGACUUGUUUGACGAGACAAAUUAUUGUAAAUUCUGUAAAGAGCCAACAGAAGCCCAUGUUAGGUGUUAUACUCACCAGCAGGGCAGCCUUACUAUUAUGGUCAGGAGACUUCCUUCGAUGGAGUUACCUGGUGAACAUGAUGGAAGGAUUUGGAUGUGGCAUCGAUGCCUCAAGUGUGAAAAAGAUGAGGAUGGAGUUCCACCAGCUGCACGCAGAGUAAUUAUGUCAGAUGCUGCAUGGGGGCUCUCUUUUGGGAAAUUCUUGGAGCUUAGCUUUUCAAGUCAUGCAACUGCUAACCGUAUUGCAACUUGUGGUCACUCUCUACAAAGAGACUGCCUUCGUUUUUAUGGGUUUGGCAGCAUGGUUGCGUUCUUUCGCUAUUCUCCUGUAGAUAUUUUAUCUGUUUGCUUGCCACCAUCACUUCUGGAUUUCACUUGCCAGAUUCAGCAAGAAUGGUUGAGACAGGAGGCAAUUUUGGUAUCCAACAAAAUAAAUAUCUUGCAUGGUAAGAUAUCUGAUGUUCUCCAUGUGAUUGAGAGGAAGAUUACGACAUUAAAGGAUAAACCUUUAGAAGCAAGCAUCUAUAGACACAUUAUCAAGCUGAAGGGUUUGUUAAAAAUGGAAAGACAUGAGUAUGAUCUCUUGCUUCAACCAGUUAUGGUGGGGAAUAUUCAACCCUUUCAGGAAACAUUUGAUAUCUUAGAUCUCAAUCGGCUGAGACGUGCACUUCUACUUGAUUCUUACAUAUGGGAUCGUCGACUCUAUUCAUUAGACUUGUUGUCCAAAGAAAAAAGUUGUACCAUAAUUGAUUCACGACUUACGAAUUUUUCACCUCAAACCAAUCUGAGAGAACAGAGGGAAGAAAUACCUAGGAAAGGUAGAACAUUUGAGGACUUAGCUGGAUAUGUUACUGCAAAGUCAUCGCCCCUUUUAGGAACUGAUAAAUCAAGUUUUUCAAAGCAGCAUGAAGAACUUAGCUUCCAGGUUUUGGAGUGUAAUACAAACAUGGUUGAAACUGACUUGUCCAUUGAGGACUGUUCAAGCUCAGCAGGUUUUAACUCUGUGUUUGUUCAAUAUGAUGACUGGGAUGAUACAUCAAUCUCUGGUGAGUCUAAUCUCUCAGACAAAAUUGAUUUGGCAUGGAGUGGUUCAGGUCAGUUAGUGAUGGAUCAACCGAAAGGUAGUUCAGAAGCUGAUGCAUUAGUAAUUUUGAUGGAUUCUCCAUGCUACAGGAAGGUGAAAUCCCCAUUAAGAGUAUAUUCAUUUGACUCUGCUUUAAGGUUCCGUAAAAGAAUACACGGUGGUUUUCUUCCUGCUUCAUUGCAUAUACCUUCAGUAAAAUCAUUUGAUUCCUCUGGCGAUCUUGCAAGCAUGGUAAGGGACCCAAUUACAAGCAUGAGAAGAGCUUACUCACAAAAUUCUCCUAGGUUAGUUCAGAGAUUGGAUGAUCUUCUCAAUCACAAACCUGUACAUAUCUCACCAGUGUUGGAAAAGAUGACUGACAGGGCACGGUUACUUCUACCUCAAAAUGCUCUUGAUGAUAUUGUUAUUGCAGUUUAUGAUGAUGAGCCCACCAGCAUAAUAUCGUAUGCUAUGGCUUCCCAAGAGUAUAGUGACUGCAUAACAUCUAGUUUGGAUGAAAUUGAGGACUUCAGUAUGGUGGGAAAAAAAAGUGUUGGAAAUUAUGGUAGCAACAACAAUGUUGGUACAAGAUUAGCAGCUCAACAACCAAAAUUUCAGUCUCAUUCUCAUGUUGGACAUGAUGAACCUCAACUAUCUCAGAUGAACCUAUUAGAUACGAAAGAAACACAUUUCAAAAUUUCUUUUGAGGAUGAGUAUUCAAUUCCUUCAGACAAGGCAAAGUUUUCUGUUAUAUGCUACUUUGCAAAGCAGUUUCAUGCAUUUCGGAAGAUAUGCUGCCCAAGUGAAUUUGAUUAUAUACGUUCCUUAAGCCGCUGCAAGAGAUGGAGUGCACAAGGUGGUAAAAGCAAUGUUUACUUUGCCAAGUCAUUGGAUGAAAGAUUCAUAAUUAAGCAGGUCACCAAAACAGAGUUAGAUUCAUUUGAGGAGUUUGCUCCACAAUACUUCAAGUAUUUGACGCAAUCCAUAACUUCUGGUUGUCCCACCUGCCUUGCUAAAGUCCUUGGUAUUUAUCAGGUGACUGUCAAACACACAAAAGGCGGGAGGGAAAUGAAAAUGGAUGUUAUGGUAAUGGAGAACCUCUUUUUUAAGAGGAAUAUUUCAAGAGUUUAUGAUCUCAAAGGUUCUCUACGCUCCCGUUAUAACCCUGAUACUUCGGGAAACAACACAGUUCUACUAGAUUUGAAUCUGUUAGAGACAAAACCAAUAUUUCUGGGAAGCAAGGCAAAGAGAAGUUUGGAGCGGGCUGUAUGGAACGAUACUUAUUUUCUCACAUGUGUUGAUGUCAUGGACUACUCAUUGCUGGUUGGCAUUGAUGAGAUGCAAAAGGAGCUAGUUAUAGGAAUUAUAGACUUCAUGCGGCAAUAUACAUGGGACAAGCAACUUGAAACAUGGGUAAAAGCUUCCGGCAUCCUUGGUGGCCCGAAAAAUGCAACUCCAACUGUAAUUUCUCCAGAUCAGUACAAGAAAAGGUUCAGGAAAGCCAUGUCAAAUUACUUCCUCACUGUCCCUGACCAAUGGCUCUUUUGAGUCCUUUCUCCAGCUGCAAGAUACUUUUUCACGCAUUGUUUCUAUAGAAUUAGAGUUGAAGAUAUCAUCGCAAGUUAUUCUACAAAGAUGAGAGUAGUCAUCUCAUCGCACUGUAGAUCAUCAACGUAUUCAAUUGCUCUACUCGUAUCAUGCUUUUGAUUUGGAGAUGUUGGACCGAAUCGUCUGGGCCUCAAGCAUAAUCUUGGUAUGCCUAGAUGCUAACUUGGAGCUUGAUCCCUCACAUUCUUGUAGUUCAUUUUUAUACUCAAAAAGUGUAAAUUCAUUAAGUUUCUUCA